CACCACAUCCUGUUUCAGUUCUGUUGAACAGCCUUCUCUGUCAGCGUGAGAACAUAGAGCUGGUUAGAGGGUAGAAGUUGAAGUUCCGUGGCUGAGCAGCCAUAUGUAUAAUCACCUCUGGUGAGUAACGUGUUGUGUGUGUUUCUGACUGCACACAGUAUGCAAAAAGGACCUGUCAAACGCAUUGCGCAUUUAUACAAAGAAAAGGGAGGGUGUGAGCAGCUCUGGUAAAAGUGCAGGGGACACACUCUCUCACACACAUACCGUAUGCCCUGGCACUCACAAAAACCUUCUGACACUCACACCACCCUGGUUUCCUUCUCUGUGAAUAGUUUCUACCUGAUCCAUCAGAAGCUAAGAUGGCGUCUCAGGUUCCCUCUAACUCUACCAUGUCCGGGUCUGAGCCCAACAACCCCCUGUCCUCUCUCAACCGCCUGACCCUGGUGUCCAUCUACAGCCUGGUCCUGGUCAUUGGGAACAUCGGGUUGGCCCUGAUGAUCCACAUCCUCCAAUCCAACAUGAGAUCAGUCAUCACCAUCGCUUUGCUCAACCUCACCCUGGCCCACUUCCUGUUCCUGCUCACCGUACCCUUCAGGAUCUACUACUAUGCUGCUGGGUACUGGGGGUUGGGGAAGAUGCUGUGUAAGGUGGUCAGUGCCAUGAUCCACGUGCACAUGUACAUGGCUUUUGUUUUCUACGUGGUCAUCCUCGUCAUACGACUGCUGGGGUUCCAUAGCAAGAAGGAUCGCUACGAGUUCUACAGGAAGUUGCAUGCUUUUGGCGCCAGCGUGGCAGUGUGGGUGGUGAUGUUUAUGGUCAUUCCCCCCAUCCUUUAUUUCAAAUACGGCACUGAUGUCCACGAAAACACCACCGACAACAAGACAAACAAAAUGGCUGCCAAUGACUCCUACUGUUUCCAGUUCGGCAGUCACCUGGAAACCCACGUUGGUGCCGUAGUGCUGAAUUACAUCAUGAGCUCUGUGAUCAUCAUUGUGGCCUGUGUGAUGACAGCACUACAGUGUCAUGUCAUGGUCCUUCUGAACAGGAAGUACGGGCGAGACUGCUUGUCUCACCAGGAGUUCUCGGCUCAGCUGAAGAGCCUGGGUUUUGCUUUGGUGCUGCUGGUGUGUUUCGUCCCCUAUCACGUGUUCAGGAUGUACUACCUGAGAAACCUGCAGCUGCAGAACACUAAUGAGGUGUUCCUCAGUAUCACGGCCCUCAGCUGUUUCGACAUGCUUACCUUCCUAGGGAGGGGACACUGCUAUACGUGUAACAGAACACGGUCUGUGUGACCUUUUAAACAGUACUUUAGCGCCAUCUGCUGCUUAUUUAUAUAGCUACAUAUGUCUUACUGUGUACUUGACUAUGAUCUAUUUAUUAUCAUAUUGGAAUUUAAAAUAACUUGUGCCAAUGAUGUUUCUCUCUUUAUGUCGAUUUCAAUGUUUGCUAAAACUAUCUUUAAGGGCGAGAUCUGGCGACAUAUUGGU